CUGAACCCUCCAUGGAGCCUGAAAACAAUAGCGAACCUGAAGUCAGCGAGACCUCGAGUGGUAGCAGCUGGACAAACGGCACGCCAAAGAACAAGUCCUCCGUACCAAAGAAAGGCGCUGGCGUGGAAGCCAAAAAUGGGGCCCAGAUUGAAUGUCAAGGAUUACAUGUAACUGUGCGCGCCAAGGUGAAGGCAUCAGGUUUAUCUGCGAAAGGCCCCGGGAGCAAGGUGUUUGCAUGUGAUACCGACUUUACCAUCGGUUGA